AUGUUCACCCAAGACCCCAAUGACAUCUACCAGCAAUUUGAGAUAGUCCCCGAUAUAAUAGCAUGCGGAAGUGGUGGUACAUUCUCCUCAAAAUCAGUUACACCAGAUGGAUUCCCUCCCCACUUCCUCAUAAGAAGAGGAUGGGAAAUUUACACCAAAACUCCCAAAACCUAUGAACUUGGUGAAGCCCUAGGCGUCAACACCACCCUUCGUGCCCACCUCCCAGAUUUCAAUUGCCACCUUCUUGUGGGGAAAUGGUAUUGUCCUUUCAUGUUCGUCAGAGAUGGAAGCUUGAGGGAUCCGACUGAAGACCAGAGGGAAGUGGUUUUGGUGGGCAGGAGGAAAGCAGUGUGGGAUGAGAACAGGGUUGGUCAUGGGGUGGUAUAUUUUUUUGCUGGAGUGGAAGAAGUGAAUAUUGGUUUGAGUUCACUCAUUGUUUAUAGAAUGAAGUGGGAGUAG